UGGCACCGAACCACCUCCACCUUCGAGUCCCCACAAAGUCCCCAGCUGCGUGGCAGUAUCUAUCCGGCACUGAUACUAGUGUCACAUCUAAACUAUUUACCCAGUCUGGAGCUGCGAUCCGCAAAUCAUGCCUCGCAAAGUCAAGUCUUCUCUGGUCGAUCACCAUUUCCCUCGAUUCUACGCGUGCUACUUGCUGAAGAGCAUUCGGACUCCACGCGCAACUGCAACUUACAUAGGAAGCACUCCGAGCCCCCCUAGGCGCAUACGUCAACAUAACGGCGAAAUCACCCAAGGCGCAUGGAAGACCAAGCAUAACAGGCCCUGGAUCAUGCAAAUGAUCGUAUAUGGUUUUCCCUCUAAGCUCACGGCGCUGCAGUUCGAGUGGGCAUGGCAGCACCCGCACAUUUCGCGACACCUCCGAGGCGAGGACGGCAAGGCUGUGUUCCAGAUGAACUCGAAAUCCCGGUAUUUGAAGACCAAUGUCUCAAUCGCACGGAGCAUGUUAUGUUCCCAUCCGUACAAUACGUGGCCAUUGCAUGUGAAGCUUUUCACCUCCGAGGCUGAAAGAAUUUGGAAUGACGCUUCCCGCGGCAUCGGCGACCUCGCCCUCCCCCGAGGAUUUUCUUGCACUGUCGAGCUGGAGGGCGUGGACGGGAAGUCGGGCCAGACUGGUUCUGGGAGGACGGGCCCGAUCGACGUGAACGACACUAUGUUUACCUCAGAACAUCUCCGAAAAUGGACUACUAUGUUAGCUUCAUCGAGACCAUUACAAUGCUCCAUCUGCAACGAUACCUUGGACCGACGACACCUAGACCCGAUGACCAUGGCGCUCUGUCCCUCUACAGACUGCACGGGGGUCUCACAUAUAUCCUGUCUCUGCGCUGACUUCCUCGAACAAGACCGCACCGAGCACUCGACUCCCAGAAAACUCGCUAUGAUACCCCGGGGCGGUCAAUGCCGGUCCUGUCGUACGUACGUCCUGUGGGGGGAUGUCAUACGGGGAUGCUAUAGACGAAGGGGCGACGACGCGCCGGACCCCGAGGACAGUGACGGUGGCCUCGAUGACGAAGAGGGGCAAUCCCUCGACGAUGUAGAGCACAUUCCGCCUCCCACUCGGCACCGCAAUAGCAAGGCCACAAGCAGGGGUGUACACCGACAAAGACUCACGGGUGCAGCUCCUAGGAAACGUCAAGCGGCCGGUGCAGGACAAGUCUCGAGCGAGGGAGAGUUCUUCGACCUAAAUAAAGUUUCCGGAGACUCUGAGGAGGACUCGUCCGACGAACCGCCUCUGGUGGGCGCUUCUCUGCAGCGUACGUCCAAGACGUAUGGUAACCCCCCGCUGAAGGCGCGUACGACCAUGGAGCGCAGUGGUGCAAUCGCGGAAAGCUGCUCAAGGGAGCGAAAAUCAGCAUUACCUACAAGAUCAGACACAGCGAGACCUCAUGCUGUCCACAAUCCAAAAGCGCCUCGCAUUGCAAGGAGGAAUGCUAAGGUUCCGCUUGCAGAGAGCACGGCAGAGGGACAUCCGGAACAACGUCCAACCACCAAGAUUGUCGCCGACCCACGGCCAACGCAAACCGUCCCACAAAUGGCAACCGACGAUCGUCGACCGCCGUCCGGCCUACCACGGCGGCCGGCACCUCGCGCCAAAGCACUCCCCGCCUACGUCGAGAUCAGUGACUCACCCGACUCCGACCUCGAGGAAGCCGCAUUCAAAGGGCGAUACAAAUCGUCAGAGGCGCUACUUUCCCUCUAUCGUCGGUCUCCAGACUACAGCCCCAGUCGCCCGGGCUCGCCUCACGGACGGCUCAGCCGUGCCCUCUCGACUCUCUCGAUCUCCUCAGGGUCGGAACUACCGGACAUGUCGCACCUACUACGGGAGCUCGGGGGGAAGAAGAAGCGAGAGGAUGACGAAGACGUGAUUGUGGUGUCCGAUUAAAUGCCGCAUCGCGCUGCGGCUUCCUCUGCGUCGAAGUGGCAUUCCGUGCGAUUGCGCUGAGCUUGGCUUUGGCUUUGGUGACUGGCCCGGCCCGAACACGGCGUCGCGCCUGGAGAAACCAUCUCUCUUUCUGUGUGAUUUGGUGUUCACGCGUCACGCCGGGCCACUAGCAGGAGUUUGUUGGCAGAAUUGCGUUCUUUAUUGGAUGGAAGCUCCAUCGACUUGGAAGACGGCCAGGGCACCCGCCCUUUACGAGAGCAGCGCUUCGUUCACUACGUGGAAGCGUAGCGCCAAGACGUUCAAAUGUUCGUCAUGUCCUCG